AUGGCCGUCCCCACCGCGCAAGACUACGACAAUGUCUGCGACAACGAGGCCCUUCCAAUGGCGAAGGCAGCAUUUGUCAGCUGGCAAGACAACCGAAGCACAGCUGAAGCCAAUGCGCAGCUUGUGAAAUCGAUGUGCAUGGCUGCGCUCACGACGGGGCUCAAGCGUCUUUCCGACGAGAACACCCAGACGGCGCUAGGUAUUACGGAUGCCAUGGCCCGCUUUUGGGAUAUCGUGGGUGGCGCGGAGGAAUCGGGGGAAGCGACACUUUCACGUUUGAGUGACAUAGUGAUCCCAAAAGCGAGCCGAGAGCCGGAGCCCCUCAUUCAGGUACCGCCGGGUGUUGCGUGGAUGUCCGCGAAGCAUGCGGUCGAGGAUGCGGAGACCAGUCGGGUGGAGGCAGUGGAUGAGAUGGUGGAGGCUCAGAUAGCCGAAUGUGAGGCGGAUGAAGCUGCCAUGAAUCGUGAGGAGAUGCUCCACAGCCAGGAGGCGAGUGUUGGCCGGCUGAGCGCGGACGGCAACAUGCAGAAGGUGCUCGACCAAGAGGAGGAGAUCGAAUUCCUCCAUGAGUGCAUCGCCGCGCUGAAAGCCCACAACGAGUAUAUGGACGAAUACAUCUCUGCCGAGAUCAGGUUUUGGGAAUCGGCCGUGGCGGCGAAUGAGCGGAACGUCCAUGACUGGUAUGCGAGGGGUGCCGAGCACCCUGUCAUGGAAGACACUGCAUACUUUACACAAAACUACACGGAGUUCUGGGUGACAACCGGACAAACCGCAUCCGCUGUGGGGCACCCAAUGCCGUCCGCCCGCUGUCGGACGCCCGUGUCGGACGCCCGCUGUCGGACGCCCACCGUCGGGCGCCCGAGCUCGGAAGCCUGA